UCCAGACUGAUGCGUUUACCGUCCAUAUCUGGCGGCCCUACGCUGUCAUAAUUUAACAAAAAAAUUAUAUUAAAUCAAAUUUUUUAUCGACCGCGACAGCCCAUUGGUUGACGGACAUUGGGCUUAUCCAAUGAAAUCCCUCAGACCUCGUUGGCCCUCUAAGGUUAUAAAUAGCACCAUUUCAGCUAACGGUUGCUGCUAACCGAGAAAAUGAGCAGAUUCGAGACGGGGCCAGUCAGAAAAAUUACGACAAAAGCUAAAAAGCGCAUAAGCCCAUUCAGAAAAAUGUGUCAAACUAACCGAUAUGUUAAUUACCACACUAAAUUUGACCGUUGGAGGAGAUUCAGUAGCGGACAAGAAGAGGGAAUUAGCGAUUCAGGGGCCUUGUUAUCGUCGGAGGACGAUGCUGAGAGAGACGUGACCAGGGACAGACUGAGGAAGAGUUCGGAUUAGUUGCUGCUGCCCGUGUGUGAACAUGACACAGGACACACAGGUGUGUGUGAAGGGAUGACUGAUGGACAUGCAGCAUGAAGACUAGAGGCACAGAUGUGUGAAAGAGGCAACAUAUCAAGAUGACCUCGAGUGUGUGACAGUUGCCAACAGACUAAUGGCGGGUUUGACACACGAUCUCCGGCAGAAGGCUAUGUAUUCUUGGAGUGAAUGACAGGCAAGGUGAGGCAAUGAGCUUCACAACAAGCCCGGCUCUGGUCCCACACAGGGACAGCCUCCCGUUUAAGAAGAGAGACCAAAGAGUGAGCUCCCCUCAGCAGCAGCAGCAGCUGCUGCAAUGCGACGCCACAAACUUCAAGGCGCCCUAUCCGUACAAGAGCCACACCGUCUUAAAGACGAACCACGUGGGUCUGUUUCGGCCUGUGCCGAGGCGGGUCACGGCCCUGUACCAACCCUGGAUGCAGGUACAACCCCCUCCCAGGCCCAAACAGCACAUCCCGUCCGCCUUCAGAGAGCACCACGGCUGGGCAGAGUGGAGAGACUUCAGUCCUCUGCCUCCUGGAUGGGACUUUUCCCAUCAGUACCAACUGCAGAACCAUUUAUCCGGAGCACGGGCUCUCCACUCUGGAUAUCCACAAUAUGUCUCUAGACUCAGCGCGGGGUCUCUCGUGUCCGAGGGCAUCCAGAGGGGGAGCGGAGGCUGGGAGAGGCUCAAGGUGUUGAAAGACAAAACCUAUGGCCCUCACAAAGGUCCAUAUGCCAGGAGAGGAGAAAGAAGAACUGAUGAGUUGCACAGAGCUGAAAGAGGAGGCGCUUACCUACCUCACUCCACACAUGAAGACACUUUGAAGAACAGUUCAUUGUUCAACUCAACAAAAAUUACAUCUGGACAAUCCCUCAUGAGAGUUUCCCCCGACAGCCUAAACGGCGCAAGCACUCCCAUGAAAGAAAACAAGCAGAGGUCUCCUGUGGUGCCCCUGUCCACUGCCACCGGCCCUAACCGCUUCCCCUGGCUGCUUCCCCACUUCGUCGCCGGGUCUCUGAUUGAGCUCAGAGACGGCCGGCUGAGGAGGGUGGAGAACCUGCAAACCGAGGACUUCCUGCUGGGCUCUCUGGCCUGUCCGGACCUGCGCCUGAGCUGCUGCACGGUGCAAAGCAUCUCCCCUUCAGCCGCCUCCUCCGUCUCCCGCCUCCUCAUCCUGCUUCACGAGCAGCAGUCCCAGGAGCUGGUGGAUGUGUACGUGGAGUACCCUUUCUUUGUGCGCGGGCAGGGCUGGUCGUCCUGCAGCCCCCAGAAGACGGCCCGUCUUUGCGGCCUGCAGUGCCGCCAGCUCAGUGUGGGAGACGUCUGCUUGGCCCUCACGCCCGUCUCCGCUCCCGAGCCACUGCCGUCAGGCUUCCCGUGGCCAAAAACUGGCCCCAAAGAACCCGAGGACGGUCUUGGUUCCCCAGAGGCAAACGCUGCGCUGUGCAGUCAGGUUCUACCUGAACCGAAGGAGCUGUCAGGGGAGCAGGGAACGGGGAUGAAGGCGUCCCGCAGGAGGCACUGUUCGGCCCCGUGAAAUUCAACCACUAGGGACACAGUUUUCAAAUGAUACAUGGUGCCUUGCAAAAGCAUUCACACCUUUUGAACUUUUUGACCCCUUGGCACAUUAAAACCACAAACUUCAGAGUAAUUUCCCAGGGAUUGGUCAAUACAAAGGAGCAUAAAACUGGAAAGAAAACGGCAAGCGAUUUCCAUUAUUGUCAGAGGUGGGUAGUACUGGUUGCAUUUACAUGAGUAACUUUUUUAGGGGGAAAAAAUGAAGAAGAGUAGUUUUAGUACUUUUUACUUUUGCAAGUAAUAUGAACUAUUGCUACUCUUUCUUUAUUAGAUUUAUUUUCCAUUUAAAGAAACUGACUUCAGGAUGUGCUGUGGUGGCGCAGGGGUUAAGCACAAAUACAUAAGGAGGCCUUAGUCCUCGAUGUGGCCGUCGCAGGUUCAAUUCCCGGCCUGGCAACCUUUGCUGCAUGUCUUCCCACUUUCCUGUCAAUUAACUAUCAAAUAAAGGCCACUAGAGCCAAUAAAACCUUUUAAAAAAAAUGCCUAUAAAGAAACUGACUUCAGAGAUAAAAACUUUUAGAACUCUGCUACAUCUGAGCUAACGUUUAGGCUAAUCUGAUCGUAAUUACUCAGCAUUGUCUUACUGCUUAAAUUAAAUCCUCGUUUUACUUUGUCCCCCAGCAAAAUUCCUCUGGAGCAAUCUGGUGCACCAACACUGGCUCCAGCCCAGGGGCCCACAUCCUUGUAAAUCUGGCCCCGGUGGUAACACGUGGAAAUUGCUGAUCAUAGACGGUCUGACUGAGCUUUAGCUGUUCUCAUAAGAAUAAAUGUCCAGAAUUAGCAAAAAUGAAAGAGUCCCAAAAAACUUUCAGCUGUAAUUGUAGCAAAAACUAUGAUUGCAAUUUGUCUUAUUUCUAAAGCAAAAACGAAACAUGGAAACCAUGAACAUUUCCUUUUGGUCCACCAUACAGACUCCUACAAAAAGGCAUUUGUGGUUGUAGCGUGACAAAAAUUGGAAAAAUUUCAGGGGUGGGAAUGGUCUUGUAAGGCACUGUCGAUCUGGGAUUUCUUUGGAUUUGUGCUGUGAUCAGCGUCUUGUCUUUCUACCUCCUGGAUCAUGCUUCUGUACUUGACUUAUCAUCUUUAUUGGCUUUUAAGUAGUCUCAGCUAAAGAGGACAGCUACAGAGAGCUCACCUCUCAGGGUUAAAGGUUAUGUUAUAUGUCGUCAAGUGAUAACGGAGAACCAAAGCAUGAAUGUUGCCUUGGUGAGUUGCACUGUUCAGAUUUAAACUCCUUUUCUUGCAAUUCUGAUGAUAUCUGCUCCUUAGUGGGAUUUCUGCCUCUCAGGUCUUUCACUGCAUCUAAAGUUCAACUCUCUACUGCCAAAUAACACGUGAACCAACUGAUUCUGAACUGCAACACUUGUAGAGCUUCGUUCUACCUCUCUCUUCAAUGUAGGAUCUGUGUUUCUGACUAGUGUGGGCUGUGACGGGACACGAUGGAAGCACCAAGCAGAGAUACUUGUUUUGUUUGUUUUUUCUGGUUUUUUCUAGUUGAAAUUGUGUAAGAGAAAAAAGAAAACAAACAACAACACCCAAAUCAUUUUAACGGGAUGAAAUUAAAGAGUGAAUCACGUGACUUCAUCUGUAAA